CAAGACCUAGACAUCAACGAGACAUCCCACCUUAGUAUUUGAAUCAAAUUCCAGCCUAUCACAGACAGGGCUCGGAAUAAGAAGAAUGAAGAACAGCCCAACGGCUCCUCCACACGCCUCUCAUCAAGCUCCUCCUCACGCCUCUCAUCAGGCUCCUCCAGCUCCGACCUCCUCGGCGGCCCAGAAGAAACUUGAGAGGAAGCCGGCUGAAGACAUUGACGCUAGUGCAGAGGCCUUCAUCAAGAAGUUCAGGCAGCAGCUACUGCUUCAGAGGCUCGAGUCGAUCGAGAAUUACGAGAAGAUGCUGGCACGAGGGCUCUAAAAGGAUUAAUUUGCUUUUGAUGGAUUUUUUGACUUCAAUUUGUUUGUAUUGAACUGAUUAUUUCAUUUAUUUUUGACUAGAUAUGAAUCUUGAACUCAUAUCUCAUAUCUCGUGAAUUAAUGGAUUCUGUUAAUUAAGAAUAAAAGUUGUUGUAAAUUCUUAUUGUUA